AUGUCGAAUCGUGGAGUUGUUUGUAAACCUAGCCGUCAAGAUCGCAGACAUGCACCAUAUGAGUCUGCUCCUAGUCGUGGAGACGCUAGAGCUCAAUCACAUGAGUCCACUCCCAAUAGUAGUGGAGGCCCCAGACGAACAUUACAUGCGUACCCUAAUACUAGUUAUGGAGGAACUAGACUGGCAUUACAUGAUUCUCCUCCUACUAGUCGUGAAAGCAGCAUACCUAUAUCACAAGACUUUAUUCCUACUAUUCCUGGACAUAGUACAGUGACACCAUUGGCUGAUGUAGAUCCUGUUCAUGUAGAACCAGUGGGUGGUUAUCUUGGGUUAUUACAGCAGAUGAACCCAGAUGGGGGACUUUACAGUGACGAGGGUGUCAAUGAGGGAGAUGGCCACACUAUGCCACAUGGUUCAAAUAACACGGACAUACCUGGUUAUGGUACCUCUCAGAGUCGAUUUAUCUCUUACAUAGGGAAAAAGUUUGGGAGAUAUGAUGUGGUGCGGGCGGUUAGGCGGCUGAUAGAUCAAUAUAUAGAAGGCUCUUGGAUAAGCUUUAAAGAAAUCCCUAAAGAAAUGAUCGAACAUAUUUGGAUUAAAUUCAAGACUCUUUAUGAUUGGGAUUUGAGAGAGGAUGAAAAAGUCAGGGAAAACUUUGAGUUUAUCAUCCAAGAUCAAUACAGAGACCUCAUGGGUACAUUUAGGAAUAGAUCAACAAAUAUGGCUAGAGCUGCUGGACAUGAUAUCUCACCGGAUGAUAAAGACUAUGAUAUCAUGCAGAAUUUUGUAGCCAAUGGGAUGCAAUCUCAGAGGUGGAAGGAUUUGUGUAGGGAAUGGAACACGGAUGUGUGGCUGAAAAGAUCUGCAAGCAGGAAGAGUAACCGCAAUACCACUGAUAGUGGUGGGAAAAUAGCAAGACAUACUGGGGGUAGUAUUAGUUAUGAUGAGCACCGCAUUAGAUUCGUAACAAAAAAGGGACGACCACCCACAUUUUUGGAGUUGUUCUUGAUCACUCAUCUAGAUAAAACAUCAAAGAAGAAAUAUUUUGAUGGAGAUGUUGAGGGAAAUCAGUUUUGCACUGAGAGAGCAAGGGAAACUUAUGAAGCGUACUCUCGAGCCUUGCUUGAGAAGUAUGGGGAUGAUUUGGUUGAUCACCCGAUUGAUGAUUCUGAAUUGUGGGCUAAAACCCAAAGGGAGAUAGGUGGUGCUUCGAGGAGUAGUUAUAUCUAUGGAGUUGGAUCUUCGGAUAUAAACUCUUUGUUCAAUGGGAAUUCAUCUGUUGGUGCGGGGUGUUUGUCGUCCUAUUGCCGGUCUCAACAGGAGGUUAAGGAGCUACGAACCUAA